CCAAAGAUUGCAUCUUCAAGCAACCAAUCCCAAUACCACCAGUAUCACCACUACAAAAGGAAUUUACUUACACAAGUUUGGUAGACCCCGAGAGACACAGAGCUUUAAUGGAGGAAUUGGUGAUAGAAAACCUUUUCAAUGGUGAGAGAGAAGCGCAGGUUGAAGCAGCCAGAGACCUCAGUAAGCUUAGCAGUAAGCAGAGGCACAAGUUGGCUGAAAGGGGUGUCACGGCGCCUUUGAUUUUGAUGCUUCAGUCUCAAGAUUACGACGCCAUUGAAGCUUCUCUCUUUGCUCUGCUCAGUCUUGCUUUCGGCAGUGAACGAAACAAGAUCCGGAUCAUGAGAUCUGGGGCUAUACCAGUAUUGCUAAGCCUCCUUCAGUGCCAAAAUGAGGCAUUGAUUGAGCUCACAAUAGCAGCCAUGUUGAUCCUCUCCUCCUGCACAGCAAACAAGCUAGCAAUCGCAUCUCAUGGAGCCAUCCAACUCUUGGUGGAAUUUCUCAAUGCUAGUGAUAACAAUGUGAGUAGCAGCAGCAUCAGCUUGCAAGCCAAGCUCGAUGCAAUAGCCACACUCCACAAUCUCUCAACUUGUCACCAGAUCAUUCCUUCAAUUGUCUCUUCUGGGCUAUUAUUUUCCUUGCUUCAACUGAUCCACAGCUCCGAAAAAUCGUCAGAAUUGGUCGAAAAGAUAAUGGGGCUGCUUGAAAACGUUGUUUCCUUGUCGGAGAAUGCACUUUGCGAAACUGCUGGCACGGGUGGCGCUAUUCGUGCAUUGGUUGAGACCAUUGAGGAGGGUUCUCCGCAAUGCAAAGAGCAUGCAGCGGGAAUUCUCCUCCUUAUAUGCCAGAGCUGCAGGGAAAGAUACAGAGGAAUUAUUUUAAGGGAAGGAGUGAUGCCAGGGCUACUUCAGUUGAGUGUGGAUGGAACAUGGAGGGCUAAAACUGUGGCCAGAGAACUGCUGUUGCUGUUGAGGGAUUGCCCAAGCUAUGGUUCAAGAAAUAAACAAUCAAAAAAUGAGCUUAUACAGCAGAUUAUGCAAGAAAUUGACGCCGGAGAGAACGUUGAAGGGGCGACGCUGAGGCUGGUGGAGGAGAUGAUUGCAAGGCUUAGUACAUGACAAAAUAUAGUUCUUCCUUCAAACUCAGAACUCAUAGUUUCUAGGUGAUGGAAUUAGAAUAUUUGUACGUGCAUAUAGGAUUGGUUCGGGAUUAUUCUGCUAAUUUUGAAUUCCAAUCUUUAUUCUUUCCC